AUGCAUGAUUUACAGUCAGCGAAGCUGGAGAAGCACAGAGGAGAACGUUUUAAUAGCCACCAAGAGUCCCACUAUCACCCCCAUAACCACCACUCCGACCACCACAAUCACCACGACCAGCACUUUAACAAUCCUAACUACCAUCCCAAUCACCAUGACCAGCACUUCAACAACCCCAACUAUCACCACCACCACCACAAUUACCAACCCGAUUACCGUCACCACCAGCACCCCGACCACAGCUACAACCACCAUAACCACGUGAUCGCUGAACCAAACGAUUUGUUUGUAUCUGGAGGAUUUCCGCCAAAUGGUGGCGCUGGUGGUGUUGGCGUUGGUGACGGUGCGGGAUAUGGUCCUGGUCCUGGUUAUUUUGGGCGAAAAAGGUGGCGGCAUCAAUCAGCUCGAGGAGCUUCCCCAGAUAAAGUGGAUGGUGUUGGUCAUGUAAAACUUUAUGUUGUACCAGUUCCGAGAACAGCAACUGAAGCUGAUAUUCGACCUGUCUUUGAAGAACAUGGAAAUGUAGUUGAAGUUGUUAUAUUAAAGGAUAAGAGAACUGGUCAACAGCAAGGAAGUUGUUUUGUGAAGUAUGCUACUGUAGAUGAAGCUGAAGGGGCGAUUAGAGCUUUAAACCAUCAAUAUACUUUUGCUGGGGAGAAUGUUCCCCUCUUAGUCAAAUAUGCUGAUAAGGAACGAGAACGUCUCGGGGUACUGGACAAAUUAUACGUUGGUUGCCUGAACAAAGAUGCUUCGGCAAAAGAAAUCGAGGAGAUAUUUUCCCCCUAUGGUCUUGUUGAAGAUAUCUUCAUCAUGCGAGAUGAAUUGAAGCAAAGUCGUGGAAGUGGAUUCGUUAAAUUUUCUCAUAGGGAUAUGGCAUUGGCAGCAAUAAAAGCAUUAAAUGGAACCUUCAUGAUGAGAGGUUGUGAUCAGCCAUUGAUUGUUCGUUUUGCGGAUCCUAAGAAACCUAGGACUGGAGAACCAAGGGGCAAUCAUGGGUUUGCAAGCGCAAAUUUUACUCCCUUUUCAAAAGAACCAUUUGCUAGGCUAGGACCAAAUGUUGGGGAUGGAGGGUGUAUUUUGCCUAAUGCUUCAUUUCCUAUCCAACCAAAUUCCACAAGUUCAUUACCUCAAGCUGUUCCGCAAAUGAUAAACCAAGAACCAGUCAUGCAACAACCAUUUCCUUCCCUCCAACAAUCAACUUCAGAGUUGUCUCAGAUGUCUUUACAACAAACGCAAACUCCACAGACAAGUUCACAAUCAUCUCAACUAGCUGUCUCUGACGUGCAGAGGCAGUCUCAUCAAACUGAUAAAGUCGAACAGCAGAUGAGUUUGCAAGUGACUAGUCAGCAGUCUCCACGUACUGGAAGCAAUCCUCCAAUAUUUGCUAGCACUUCUAGCUCACCAGCUGCACCUUUAAGUCCCCAGAUAGUGGCUCCUUUAGAGUGUGAUUGGAGUGAACAUACCUGCCCUGAUGGAUACAAGUACUAUUAUAAUUGUGUUACUUAUGAGAGCAGGUGGGAGAAGCCUGGGGAGUAUGCCUCAUAUGAGCUUCAAUUACAGAAGCAGCAAAGCCAGCAAAAUCCUAGCCAUCAGCUUCAGUCCUUUGUGCCAGUUCUUUCUACCGAGCGAGUUGUUCAAACAGAACAGGAACUGAAUCACAUGCAACUGCAGUCAGAAUCUAACCCCGUUAUCCGUCCAACCUGUGCUUAAGAGUUUUGCAGAAAUGCUGGUGAAGGCUUUUCCCUGUGCAUGCAUCCUGGAAAAUUGGUAACUAUGCGAACAGCUGCCAGUGAAUAACUUUAUAAUUAACUUUUGGUGUUUAUGUCUGCAGUUGGUUGUAGGGGAAAAUGGGCGUUUGAGCUACCUUUAGGUGAAGGAGAUUAUAUAAGCAUGUAUGUAUAUGUCCAGGUAGAGAAAGGUGGCCUCCCAUUAUUCUUACCUAGGUUUACAUAUUUCAGUUACUAGUCUACUCGAGGUCAAGUAUAUUAUCUUUCAUUAUAUCUACUUUAUAAAUCCUGUAAAAUAAAAUAAA